AAACCAAAACUGAAACAUAUAUGAGUGAACAAACGAGAGUAACUUGGACGCGUGUCGAAAUAGACGAUGCAUGUUUAAAGAGCAGAUAUACACUACCUACGUUUUAUCUUCUACACAAUAUGUCAAUAUUUGACACUUUGCCAUCGAUGUAUCAUCCAUGAUCCAUCAGAACAAUGAGUUAAUCGAUAUUUAUCUAUGUGAACAAUACAUCGAUGUUUGCUAAGCAUCGACGUAUCGUUUCCGUUCGCAUCCCUAUUUCGAUUUCAUUUCAUUUCAUUGCGAUGCGAUGUUUCAAGUUUCAAUUUUCGUGGUUUCUUUUUAUUUACCUUCAGUAAACGCCAUAAAAAUAUAAUUUUAUACGAAAAUCUUUAGUGUACCGUGCAAAGAUAUAAUAUAUUUUGAGAAGAUAUGUAAAUUUAUUUUAUAAACAGUUAUACGUGACGGCAGAAGUCCUUGUAGUUGUUAUAGAUUUACGGACAGUUUUACAAAUGUGUUGUUUUGAUAGAUAAUGGAUCCAAGAAUGUGUAGGAAAAUCAGCAGUAGUGAAAGUCUUCCAGAUGCAGAAAAUGGGGAAUUCGAAGUGUCGAACAUAAUCGCAUCGCAGGAGAGCGAAGAGAACUUUUUAUUGGAGGGCAAUCUCGAACGGCACUCCGUUACUUGGUUGGACGAUGAUCAAAUUGAAGACUUAGAUCUUAAUUUAGACCAUACUAAUCUAUUUUUUCAUAGAGUCGAUAGUGCAGAUAUAAUUUAUAGGAGCAAAAAGAAAAAAUGUAAAAUGGUAGGCAAGUAUGUGAUGGGCGAUGUCCUGGGGGAAGGCUCUUAUGGCAAAGUGAAAGAGAUGUUGGACUCGGAGACGCUGUGCAGGCGCGCCGUGAAGAUACUAAAGAAGCGGAAGCUACGGAGAAUACCCAAUGGUGAACAAAAUGUACAGAGAGAGAUACAAUUAUUGCGAAUACUUAGACAUAGAAAUGUGAUAGAACUAGUCGACGUUAUCUAUAAUGAUGAGAAACAAAAAAUGUAUUUAGUUAUGGAAUUUUGUGUUGGUGUGCUUCAGGAUAUGUUAGAGUCAACUCCUAGUAAAAAGUUCCCACAGCGCCAGGCGCAUGAAUACUUUACACAGCUGCUGGACGGCUUAGAGUAUUUGCAUGGUCAGGGAGUAGUACACAAGGAUAUAAAACCAGGAAACUUGCUUCUAACCUUGGACCAAACCCUGAAAAUCACCGAUUUUGGUGUUGCUGAAGCACUAGACAUGUUUUCUCCUGAAGACACUUGUUACACUGGACAAGGCUCUCCAGCAUUUCAACCACCAGAAAUUGCCAACGGAGCUGAACAGUUCUCGGGCAUCAAAGUUGAUAUAUGGAGUAGUGGAGUCACAUUAUACAAUAUGACUACAGGGCGGUACCCCUUCGAAGGUGACAACGUUUAUCGGUUGCUAGAAGCGAUCGGGCGAGGGGAGCCCGCGCCGCCGCCGCAGAACCUAGCGCCUACACUGCAAGUCCUUUUGGUACACAUGUUAAAAAGGAAUCCCGAUGAGCGACCUUCUGUACAGGAGAUUAGGCGGCACGACUGGGUUCGAUCCCGGCCGGCGCUGUUGUCGGGUGAGACGCUCGUGGGCCCUCGCUCGCGGCGCUCGGACGAGCUUCACAGCUCCACCGUGAUUCCUUACCUCGUGGAGCGACAUUACGCCUCCGCGCACCACUUCUUCACCGAGCGAGACUUGCGGCACGAACUGGGUGAUAGCGGUUCCCGGACGUUAUCCACCGCGGAGCUGUCGGACGCCGAGUCGUCGCAGUGCAAGCGGCGCUGGCACUCCUCCUGCGGCCGGCUGCCGUCUUGUCGUCUCACGUGAUCGUCGCACAACUAACGAUCGACCUUAUUGAGCAAGUACAUAAGAGCUGUUUUCCAUUGUCACUCGCUGUCGAUUCAUGUAUCGUGAUGUCAGUUUGCGUCCUCUGUGACGGCGCACCGCGUAUGGCGGAUUGCGGAGCGGAUUUACGCGUCGUACUUGUUUGCCCUUAGGCUGAGAUCUAUAGACCGUACUUUGAUUUUACUCAGACUUAAACUUCAGUUAAAGUGAGACGAUUUUAUGUCAGCAGUAUAGCGCUGUCUCGUUUUAACAGUGUCUUGAGUCUAAGCAAAGUCAUAGUGCGCUCUACAGGUGGGGAAGUGGGCGCGCGCUCGCACUCCGAACAAGUUCAAACUAGUCGAACAUUUGUUUAGUGCGCCGUUCAUCUCACUCAGGACGCAGACUCACCCCGGACCCACACAAUCGCGAAUAUGUCUACCAAAGUCCCUCGCGCGAGUCAUGCAAGUAGAGGCUAUAGAAGCUUAAGCCGGCUUCACACGUACAGUUAUGAGAACAGUAAGACUGUCCAGUAUCGUGAUGUGCAUAGGCAAAACUGAGAACUGAAUAAUUUAACUGACAACUUUAUGCCGGAUCACACGCGCAGUUAUAACUGAACAGUUGGUCUGCUCAGUUAAAUCAUAUUGUGUAAGCUAAACUGAGAACUGAACAAUUUAAUUGACAACGAACCUUUACAA